AUGAACUUUUCUCUCGAAAACCAGACGAAUUUAAACUCAACCACGAACAACACAUCAACUGAAGAUGAUGAUUUAUUUCCUCUUGUAUCUUUUCUCGUUACUACAAUUGUCCUGCUGCCUGUUGGCAUCGUAGGGAACCUGCUCGUCAUCGUAGCUGUUAAGAAGAAGCGAUAUCUUCGGACCAAGACAAACGUUUUACUCGCAAAUUUAGCUGGUGCGGACCUGUUUGCGUGUAUUCUUGGUUACUCCGUCGCAUCGGCCAGAAAGUUCCCCUCGCCGACAGCUGCCAGGGUCCUUUGCAAGGUCAAUUCCUAUUACCCAGCCUUUUCUUUCAUUUCCAUAUUGACACUCACGAUGAUAGCUCUGGAACGCUACAACGCUAUAGUAAAACCUUUGAGCACCGGCUUCAAGUUCAGCAGGCGAACCCUUCGGUAUUUUAUCACAGCCAUUUGGAUUAUCUCAACACUUGUAGUCACACCUUUGGUCUAUUUUAACCAUUUCAACUCAGAUUACGGGUGUGCACGAACAUGGAGCGCAGAGGCACAAAUGAUUUUCUGGACCACUGCCUUUUUCAUAGCUAUACUUCUUCCUCUUCUUGUGUUAAUCUACUGUUAUUUGCACAUAAUUCGCGCAUUGUAUUUUGGACGCAGGAUUAUCCCUAUGAACAUACCCGUCCACGUUGACGCUAGGGAAAAGAAAAGAGUCAUUAAGCUAUCAAUCGUCGUUACGCUUGUAUUUUUUCUGGCCUUUGCUCCGUUUGUUGUUGUGAAAGAGCUACAAAUCCACGGACUAGCGAGUAAUGAACUUCAAGUUUUCUCGCUGAUCUCUGUUCUUCUAUCUUCUAUUUUGAACCCUUUUAUUUACGCUUUUCAGAGUUCAAACUACAGAAGAGCGUUUAAGGAGCUCAUAACCUGUAGGGAUUUGUCAUAG